AUGAACGGCAAAAUAAAUGAACUUUUGGAAGCAGGAAUUAUAAGAAAAUCCACAUCGGAGUAUGCUAGUCCUGUUGUCCUAGUCAAGAAAAAAGGAGGGGAUUAUAGGCUUUGUGUCGAUUAUAGGGCGUUGAAUGCUAAUACUAUUAAGGAUCGAUAUCCCCUACCUCACAUUGAAGACCAAGUUACCCGUCUAUCGGGUAAAUCCUAUUUUACAACACUAGACCUCGCUCAGGGAUACUACCAAGUACCAAUUGAUGAUGAGUCCAUAAGAAAAACCGCGUUUAUCACCCAAUCAGGCCUUUAUGAGUUUUUAAAAAUGCCUUUUGGAUUAUCCAAUGCACCAGCUGUAUUUGCGCGACUAAUCCAAGUAACUUUAGGGGAAGUAUCUCACGAAAUAGCUCUAUAUUUAGAUGAUGUUAUGAUUCCAACUAUUUCAGUAAAAAGGGGAUUAGAACUUUUGGAACAAGUCUUGGGGUUACUUGAAAAAGCUAAUCUAAAAUUACAUUUAAAAAAGUGUUCAUUUCUUAAAAAUACCACUAAUUAUUUGGACCAUGAAAUCUCUGCCGGUACAAUACAGCCAGGUCGAGCUAAAAUUAACUGCGUAGCUGAAUAUCGUCGGCCCCGAAAUGUACACGAAGUCAGACAAUUUAUUGGAUUAACGUCUUAUUUUAGAAAAUUUAUAAGAAACUUUGCACAAAUAGCACAACCCUUAACUGAACUCACUAAAAAGGAUAUAGAGUGGCAUUGGGAUUCCCAGCAGGAACAAGCAUUCCGUACACUAAAGCAACGAUUAAUAGAAAGACCAGUUUUAGGCAUAUACGACAAGGAUGCUAAAACAGAACUCCAUACCGAUGCAAGUAAACUCGGCUUAGGCGGGGUGCUCAUUCACAAACACCAAAGAGAUGGUAACUUAAAACCAAUCGCAUUUUUUAGUAGAGUCACGACGAAUGAAGAAAGAUGUUAUCAUAGCUAUGAAUUGGAGACUCUAGCUGUUGUAGAAUCCCUUAAACGUUUUCGUAUAUACCUUACAGGCAUACCCGUAAAGAUAGUUACGGAUUGUGCGGCUCUACGCACUACGUUAGUUAAAAAGGAUUUGAUUCCGCGUAUAGCCCGAUGGUGGCUAACUAUCCAAGAUUUUGACCUAGAAAUAGAGUACUGGCCAGGCGAACGUAUGAAGCAUGUUGAUGCCCUGAGUAGGAACCCAUCCUCGAAUUUUGUUCUCAUGAUAGAUAACGAUGAUUGGUUAAAAACACUGCAAAUGCAAGAUGAAGGUAUUCAAAAUAUUCUCGCACAAUUCCGCGAACAAAGCAUUAAUCCAGACUUAAUAGCUAACUAUGUAGUUAAAGAUAACCUCCUAUUUAGAAAAACUAUUGGUGGAGAGAGAUUUGUUAUUCCUAAAUUGGCUAAAUAUGGGUUGUUGCAAAAACUUCACGAUCAGAUAGGGCAUCCGGGUUUCGAAAAAUGCGAGAAGACCAUCAAAGCACAAUUUUGGUUUCCGGGCAUGACACGGUUCAUACGUAAGUACAUCAACGCUUGCUUACAAUGCGCCUUCGGUAAGGGCAACCAUGGCAAACUAGAGGGUGAAUUACACCUGAUAGACAAAGCAGCUUGUCCCAUGCAUACCAUACCAUACACGCAGAUCAUCUGGGUCCUUUCAUAA